AUGAAUGAAGUACCAACCACUAUCAGAUUCUUAGAACGCAAUAAAGGCAAAGUCCUUACUUGCUACAUUUUAUACACAAUUGCAAAAAUAGCAGCUGUCGUGAUCUCUCUAGCCGCAACAGGCACGACUGCCAAAAAUGGCAUUGAUUUAUUUUUAAUUAUUUACCUAGCGGUAGAUGGCUAUGAACUUCUAUUCUUUUUGGUGCUAGGGAUUUUUUAUUACUGUGGAAACGUUCCUAUCUCGUUUUCAAUGACCAGAGGGAUUCAGGUGAUUUUAGAAGUGUAA